AAGUGUGAUUUGAUUUGUCUGUGGUUGGUGCGAAGAAAAAUACUAAUUGCACUUGCUUUUCAUAAUUAUUAUUUGUAAUUUUAGUAUUUUUAUUAUUAUAUUGUAACUUAAUUUAGUAGAGGAAUAAUGUCCAAAUCGAGUUUAAAGUUACUAUGCACCGCUUUAAGUAAAAUGAAGGUUGCUUACGUUACAACCAGGUCCUGUUAUUACCAACCUAAAUUUCGUCCUCCAUACUGGUAUUCACCGAAAGAACGAGUUAUGAGUGAAGAUAUGCUCACACAAGAAAACAGAGAUUUUCUAGAGGAAGUCAGACAAGACAAGUUAAAUUUGCAAACUGCUGUGGAAUCCCCAUUGGCUAAAGUCGAAACUGAAGAAGUGGCCCAGUGGACUCCAACCACACGACGAGCAGGGCUUAUAGCACGUAAAAUAGGGAACUACCCAUUGUGGUCAAAAGAUGGCAAAAAGUUUCAAACAACUUUAUUGCAGGUUGUGGAUAACCAUGUUAUUAAAUAUAUACCUCCUGAAGAAUUUACACCUAUGAAAACUACCAAACUGAAUUGGAGAGAGAAACGGAGGCUUGGUUGUCUCUUAGUUGGUUCAGAGACUAUAGACCCCAGUAUAGUUACAAAAGAAUAUUGUGGACUAUUUGACAGUGUUGGCAUGUUGCCUAAGAGACAUCUUAGACGCUUCAUGAUAUCGCCACAUGCCAAAAUGCCCACGGGAACACCUUUGUUUGCAACACAUUUCAGAGUUGGUGAUUAUGUUGAUGUCAGAGCUAAAACAAUGGACCGGGGAUUUCAAGGAGUUAUGAAAAGGUGGGGUUUUAAAGGAAUGCCAGCUUCACAUGGUGUAACCAAAACUCAUAGAAGACCUGGUAACAUUGGUGCGGGUGGUGAGAAAGCAAGAGUUUGGCCUGGCACGAAGAUGCCAGGACACAUGGGUAACAGUUGGAGGACACUGAGAGGAGUCAAAAUUUUGCGCAUUAAUACAAAGCACAAUAUCCUAUGGAUGUUGGGAGUAGGAAUACCUGGUGAAACUGGUGCUAUGUGUUAUUUAUUUGACACAGUGUUACCAUUACGAAAAUUGAAAACUCCACCUCCUUUUCCCACACAACCAUUUGUUGAUGAUAUACCUUUGGAGUAUUAUGAUGAAUCAAUACAUAUGUUUGAUACGCCUACAAUAACUUUUGAAGAGUCAUAAGUAAAAGGAAGUUAAAUCAGAAUUAAGCACAAUAUGAAAUUCUACUUUGUAUAAUUUGCAUUUGUAUUCAAAAAGACCAAUAUCAGUUAAAUAGACUAUCAGUGUAUGAAGUGAUCACUAUCUUGUAACAUAAUAUGUAUUAUUUAUAUUAAUAGUAUAUUAUUGGAUUUACAUAAAUAAAAGAACAUGCUGUGCUUUGUAA